AUGCAGCCACAUUCCCAAAACUGGACCCAGGUAACAGAGUUUGUCAUGGUGGGCUUUGCUGGGGUGCACGAAGCACGCCUUCUUUUCUUCACCAUCUUCUUCACCAUGUACCUGUUCACCUUGGCAGAGAACUUGGCCAUCAUCUUAGUGGUGGGCUUGGACCACCGGCUAUGGAGACCCAUGUAUUUCUUCUUGACACACUUGUCCUGCCUAGAAAUCUGGUACACGUCAGUCACAGUGCCCAAGAUGCUGGCUGGUUUUAUUGGGAUAGAUGGAGGCAAGAAUAUCUCCUAUGUUGGCUGCCUGUCCCAGCUUUUCAUUUUCACCUUCCUCGGGGCAACUGAGUGCUUCCUCCUUGCUGCCAUGGCCUAUGACCGCUACGUGGCCAUCUGCAUGCCUCUCCACUAUGGGUCUUUGGUGUCCUGGGGCAGCUGCAUCCGUCUGGCAGCUGCUUGCUGGCUGGUAGGUCUCCUCACACCAAUUUUGCCUAUCUACCUCAUGUCUCAGCUGAUAUUCUGUGGCUCCAAUAUUGUUGACCACUUCUUCUGUGAUGCCUCACCCUUACUAGCCUUGUCCUGUUCUGACGUCACCCUGAAGGAGACUGUGGAUUUUCUGGUGUCUCUCGCUGUGCUCCUGGCCUCCUCCACAGUCAUUGCCGUGUCCUACGGCAACAUCGUCUGGACGCUGCUGCAUAUUCGCUCAGCUGCUGAGCGCCGGAAGGCCUUUUCCACCUGCGCGGCUCACCUGAUGGUGGUGAGCCUCUUCUAUGGCACUCUUUUCUUUAUGUAUGUCCGGACCAAGGUGGCCUCGUCCAUCAACUUUAACAAGGUGGUAUCUGUCUUCUACUCCAUUGUCACACCAAUGCUUAACCCCCUCAUUUACAGUCUUCGCAACAAGGAGGUGAAGGGAGCCCUGGGCAGAGCUUUUUCUCUCAAGUCCUGGAAGAAGUGA